UCGCGCGCGCCGCUCCACGCGCGGUGUGUUCACGAGCAUCCGUUCUACGCAGCUGCUACACGGUCCUUCCACGCGGCUACAGGAGAGUGUUAUUUUCACUACAGACUGGAAGAAUUUUUUAUAAGAACAGUGAAAUCGCUUUAUUUAUGAAUGAAGAAUUCUCUAGAAGCCUCUCCGCCCCCAAAGCUCGCACAUCCACCCGCACAAUUUGUUAUAUACUGUAACGUUUGUCGAGGCGGAUACGCAGAAGCUGCACUUCGCAACAACGGCGCAUAAUUGACACACUUGAGUCCUAGCCGGCAUGAGCCGGAAGUGUUCUGGCGAACUACCCCCGGAGGAGGGGAUGGAGGUGGACUGUCAGCCGGAGGACCUGUCGAGGUGCUUGUAUGAGGAGCGCUGUGUGGAGCUGGGGGAGGUGAAGGACAUGAGGCUGGAGGCUGAGGCGGUGGUCAAUGAUGUGCUCUUCGCGGUCACAGACAUGCACGUCUCUCACAGUCUCUCCAGCGGACUGGAUGUGGCCUACAUAAACGUGGAGACCAGAGAGGGAAACCGAUACUGCUUAGAGCUCACCGAGGCAGGGUUAAGGGUGGUGGGACACGGCUUCGAUCAGGUGGAUGAGGAGUUGAGCUCCCAGUAUCAUGAGACUGUUUACUCACUGCUGGAUUCUCUCAGCCCCGGAUACAGAGAAGCGUUUGGAAAUGCUCUGCUACAGAGACUGGAGAGGCUCAAACAAAACGGACACUGAGGGCUUCAGUAUCAUUCAGAAUAUCUCUGCUCGCUAACAGUUCAUCCAAGUCCUGUGCCGCUCUCAGCUUAAAGCAUCAGUGGUACCUUUUUCAGUUUUUAGCCUGUGAUAUGUUUUAACAGAUCUUGGUGUUGAUUUGACAAACUGACUUGCCUGUGAUGUUUUAAAGUAUUUUACCAUUAUUUGGAGAGGUAUCAUUGCUAUGACAGACACAAUGGGCCCAGAUGAAUACUCCAU